UACGUUUAUUGUUGUACGAAGACAAGACUUUUUGUUUCGUGUAGAAAAUGUUGUAAAAUAUAUAAUCACAUUGACUGUAAUUAAAAUCAUAACAAUGAAGCCUUUAAUCGAUUUUGAUGAAUGUUUAAGAGAUUCCCCAAAAUUUAGGGAACAGCUGGAGACCGAAGAAGCUAGUAUUGAUGGUUUAGAGCAUAAGCUUGAUAAAGUCCUCAAGACAUGCUCUUUCAUGAUAGAAUCCGGUAAAACAUACAUGACUCAUAGGAGUGCUUUUACCAAUGCCCUAUGGGACUUGAGCAGUAGUUUCUCUGAGGAUCCACCUGUUAUGGCAACACUAAACCGAAUGAUCCAUGCUUUACAAGAAAUGAACAAGUUUCACUCAAUACUGCUGGACCAGGCAUCAAGGACUGUACUCAAGAAUCUCUCAGCAUUCAUUAAAAUAGACAUAAAAGGUGUGAAAGAGAGCAAGCAUCAUUUUGAUAAAAUCUCAAAUGAUCUGGAUAUAGCUUUAAUACGAAACUCACAGGUAUCUCGUAACAAGUCAAGUGAUGUGGAGGAGACGGUUAACCUUUUGCUCGCGACUCGCUCCUGCUUCCGGCACACCGCGCUCGACCACGUGCAGAAGAUCACAAUGCUGCAAGCUAGGAAGCGACAUGAGAUAUUGGCAACGUUUCUGUCGUAUAUGCAAGCUUGCUGCACUUAUUAUCAUCAAGGAGCUGAUUUAUCCGAAGAUUUGGAACCAUUUCUCAAAUCAACAGCGGAUGAGGUGACGACAAUGCGUAGUGAUACAAAAGCCUUGGAUAAAGAAAUGGAAAACCGACAUACUAUAGUCAACAGCCAGGAUACAGUCCUGCCAAGUUGCAAAGACCAUGCAAAUGAGACUGACUGCAAAGACGGUCUAUUGACUACGCCUUGUCUAAAAAACUUACCAAGGAUGCAAGGUUACCUCUUUAAAAGGACUUCCAAUGCAUUCAAAACUUGGAACAGAAGAUGGUUUUAUUUGUACGACAAUCGAUUGGUCUAUAGGAAAAGAACUGGUGAAUUAAAUGUAACAGUGAUGGAAGAGGAUUUACGAUUGUGUACGGUGAAGCCAGUGUUGGACGGCGAGAGGAGGUUCUGUUUCGAAGUUUUAUCGCCUUCCAAGAGCCACAUGCUGCAAGCGGACUCGGAGGAGAUGGUGAGCUCGUGGAUGGCGGCGCUGCAGAGCGGCAUCCGCUCCGCCAUACAGCAGGGCCGCGGCCGCGACCCGCCCGACACGCAGCUCGUGCUGGUGCCCGACACCGACCACCGCAACGACAGGAUGAAGAAAGUCAGGAUAUGGGAGCAGUUGCUGAAUAUUCCCGGCAACAACUACUGCUGCGACUGCGGCGGCGCCAACCCGCGCUGGGCCAGCAUUAACCUCGGCAUUACACUUUGCAUAGCAUGUUCUGGCGUGCACCGCUCGUUGGGGGUACACGUCAGCAAAGUUCGCUCUCUCACUCUAGACGACUGGGAACCUGAUAUUAUUAAGGUGAUGGCGGAGCUGGGUAAUAAAAUAGUGAAUUUAAUCUACGAGGCGAAUACUGAAGGCACCGACCUCACCAGACCUACGCCUAACUGUGAAACGUCAGUUCGCGAGGCGUGGAUCCGCGCUAAGUAUGUGUCGCUGUCGUUCGUGCGCGACGUGGCCGCCCCCGCUGCCCCCGCCCCCGCCGCCCGUCGCUGGUCCGUGCGUCGUGCUAGGCGCAGCAGAGUGCGCGCGCAGCCGCAGGUUCCUGAAACUAUUGCGGAUGAGAAAAGUGACGUCAACAGCAACACCAGUGCAUCAGAGAGUGGCAGCAAGAGCGAGGGCAGCCCGGUGCUGCUGAUCGGCAGCGAGCUGGCGGAGGGCGACAGGGACCUCCACCUCAGCCUGCCCUCCGACCACGACUCCACGGAGGGCGAGGACACAGAUGAACUUGAGACGGAGGAGGUGUCGAGGCUGUCCGCGGGGGCAGUGCUGUGCCGCGCGGCGCACGCGCACAAUGUGUGCGUGAUGCGCGCCGCGCUCGCCGCCGGCGCCUCGCCCGCCGCCGCCGCCGCGCGCCGCCGACAGCCGCUGCACGCCGCCGUGCUCAGUGGUUCAGUGAUGGCGUGCUCCUUUUUACUGCUGAACGGCAGUAAGCUGAACGCGCAAGAUGAGGACGGCAACACGCCGCUGCACCUCGCCACACAGGCCGGGCAUACUGGACAGGUGUGCUUGUUGCUGCGAUACCGCGCCGACCAGUCCAUAACGAACAAGGAGGGCCGCACGCCGCUCGACAUCGCUGUCGAACACGCCAAUGCUGAUAUUGUCACAUUGUUACGCCUAACAAAGUUAAAUGAAGAAAUGCGUGAGAACGAGAUGUCUUCAAAUGAUGAUACUUACAACGAGGUGUUCCGCGACUACACGCAGCUCGCGCACUCGCACCCCGAGCGCCUCGUGCGCAGGCACAACAACAACGACGGUGAACAGAGCAGCGAAUGAUGACCGGAUUAUCUCCGUCGCUGGAGAUAUUUGUGGUGCGAAUGAAAUUUAUCCAGUCGUGUAUAAAAACUUCGCAUAUUUACUGUCUACCUUUUUUAAAGAUAAGUGCCGUAUUCUCGUUAUAUUGUAUUGAUAUAUUGCUUUUAAGUAUGUAAAAAGUAAAAAUGUGAUUCCCGUGAAAAUAAUAAAAAAAAUGAAUUAACGGUUUACAUAAUAAUGAAAACUGAUCAGUGUUAUUAAUAUAUCAAGUUUAGAAAUGGAUAUAUUGAAUAAUCGUUCAUAAUCAAUUAAUUCUAAAAGGGAUUGACAGAAAUUAUGUUUAAAUUUUGUAAUUUAAGUCCGCUACCUACAAUCAAUUUUACUUGACAGUUUUAACUGAACAAAUCGACUUCGGCACUUACUGUAAUAUUUAACUGUGAAAAUUUUGACUACACAGUUGUAACUGUCGAACUGUACAGUUGAAAAAUAUGUAACUCACAGUCAACACUUUGAAUGCUACUAUAAUUUUGAUAUGAAAAUAUACUCUUCAUAUAGUAGCAUUGAAAGUGUUAACUUCCAGUUGUAUAUAUCCCGGUUUUGUUUCGGAAUUCCUAUCUAUUAAGAAUACAAUAUUUUUCUAUUAAAAAUCAUAAUUUAACAUGAAUCUUCUGAAAGCAAUAGAUUUAAAUACUGUAUGAGGAAUUGAUAAAUGUUGUUCAAAGUUACUCUUAGAAUAAUUUUCAAUAGUUUUGUUUCAUAUUAAUUUCUCUAACACUUUAAUUCUCCUAAAAUAUGGAAGUAACAAAAACAAGAAGGCUAAAAAUGUGCCAUUCGUAUAGAAAUUAUCAACAUGACACAAGAUCUGUAUCUUUUUUAAUCAAUUUUAUAUGAAAUUUUUAAAAAUUAUUUUAUCGCGAUCUCUAAAACUUUGGAGGCUUUGUGUAUUAUGCCAAAUUUACGUCUAUUCCAAUAUCAAUUUUAUACGUCUCUUGAAAAUUUAUAAUUUUUAUCAAUAUGAUAUUUAAAUAUUUAAGGCCAUAUAAAUAUAAUCAUAUUUGCUUGUAUAUGCUUUUGUAGUAUACCAAAGAUUUUAAUAUUGGUGUAGAUUACGCUGAACUUUGACGGGUUACUUAAGAAAAUUAAAAUAACUGGUAAAGAUUAUCCACGAGGGUAGUGAAGGUUCCUUUCCCUUUCCACUUUAUACUAAUAAGGAAAGGAUUGGAAAUGGAAAAUGGAUUUGACGGUGGAAACUAGGAAGGGGAAAUAUCCUUUUUAUGAUCGUCUCCCAUAGACAUCUAGAUUGGAGUAAAUUUAAUUUCAAAACAAUACUGUUACAUUCAAUUGCAGUACUGGAUUGUGUAUAUAUUGUGUCCUCGUGUGAAACUAACAUAAUGAGUUCCGAUUGCCGUCAAUCUGUUAACCCUUAAUUCAAUAGUGUCGCGUGUGACGAACUAAUAAUAAAAAAAAAUCUACUGAAGUGUAGAGAAAAGUACUAAUUUUGAUUUUAAAACUAAACGAAUUAAGGGUUAGUUCUGCACAAUCAAAUGUACAUAUAUUAAUGUUAACUGACAUUUAUUGUCAGAUAUAUGAUAUAAAAGUAAGAAACAUGAAUUAUGUUAAAAAUUAGUUUAUGAGAUAGUGAUAUAUGUAUUGAAACAUCGACGUUUGCUUUAAAAAACGUUAAUUGUUUAUAAAACUUCCUAAUUAUGUUAUCUUAAACCGUGAUAUAAUGACAAGCUUGUUAUGUCCUACUAGCUGUUAGCGACUUCGACCGCGUGAAAUUGAAAAAAAUAAUAAAAAACACAACUUAUGAUACUCAGACAAGUUACCUUUCUAACGG